AUGUAUAGUACGUUCAACCGUAUCGACCAAAGUGUGGCUCCAUUUAUAGAUCAAGAGGUCAUCUAUCAAUUAUCUAUCUAUCUAUCUCUCUAUCUAUCUAUAUAUUUUUUCUUCUCAGUCCAUCAGUUUUUUUUUUUUUUAUCAAUUUUCCUUCUGUUUCCUAUUUUCUUUUUUCUUAUAUUUCUUUUCUGGCAUACGCCAUUAUAUUCGCCUUUCAAUUUUCUUUUUACUUUAUCUUCCACUUUUCUUUUCCUUUUUUUUCUUUCUUUCAUGGUUGAUUACAGCUUUCAUUCUUUCGUCUUCGUUUUCGUGUUUCUUUCUUUCAUUUUUAUCAAAUGUUCGUUCUUUCUUUCUGUCUUUAUUUCUUACACUUCCCAUUUAACCUUUUUUUCUAGUAUAAUAUUUAAAUUUAUUUCUUUACCUAUUAAUCACGUAUAUUUUCUUUUUCUUUCUUUCUUUCUUUCUUUCUUUCUUUCUUUCUUUCUUUCUUUCUUUCUUUCUUUCUUUCUUUCGAUCUUUCUUUCUUUACUCUCUUAUGCCUGUGUUUCUUUCUUUCUUUCUUUCUUUCUUUCUUUCUUUCUUUCUUUCUUUCUUUCUUUCUUUCUUUCUUUCUUUCUUUCUUUGUUAUUCUGUAUAAUAUUUAAAUUUAUUUCUUUACCUAUUAAUCACGUAUAUUUUCUUUUUCUUUCUUUCUUUCUUUCUUUCUUUCUUUCUUUCUUUCUUUUUUCUUUCUUUCUUUUUAAAUUUCUUUUCCUUACAACUCAUUGUUUUAUUUAUUUUCUUCUGCUUCUUUCUGUUUGCGAGUGUUAA